GGGCAGUGUUUGAAUCGUGGCGGCAGGUUCGGGGAGGACUUUUCCAGUUGGGUUGUGCAGUGGGGCGGCCGUUCAUGGAGGAGGCCGUUGUUAGGGGUUAUUAAAGGUUUGCACUAUAAGAUUGACUUGCAGACAAAUUCACUGCAAAUCUGUUGGAAAAGAUGCGGAGAUCUAAAUUACCUGUUUACCAACCAAAAGACACACGAACUGCCCUUUCUCAGCUGCAGGUUUCCACUGGCAGGGCGCCAAAAGCAGAAAGUGAUCAUUUACAACCUUCAGCAAAACGUUUCCAUGCCAACCCAAAACUGGCAAAGCCGGAGAAAGAUUUACCUCAGACAUUUAACUUUUCACAAAAAACUUCAAGUGCAGUCAGUUUUGAAGCCACUUCAAAACAGGGGAAUGUUGCAUUAAAUAAAAGAAAGAAAAUGCCUUCAUUAUCAAGAAUGACUCGUGCUGACAUGGAGAAGUUUAUGGCCCUGAAAGUGGUUGAAGCAGAGUUAAGGGACCAAAAUCAGCUAUUAGAAGUUGCCCAGCAGCAAUUAAAGCAAGAACUGAAGUUAGCUAAGGAUCAGGUACAUGAUUAUAUGAUUAAAAAUGGAAAAUUGCAAUCUGAAAAUGAGACAUUGAGCAACAGGGUACAGAAUUGUGCGGUCAUACUGGAGAACAACCUGAUUGAUCCUGUUUCAGCAAAUAAAAUAAUUGAAGACAAUGAACAAGCAAGUGCAUGCCGAAGGGACACAAUGGCACUUGUGGAGAAUCUCCAGAGGGAAUUAGAAAAUUGGGGAAGGAACAUAAUGGAGAAGAGAGAUGGGUUCCAGGAGAUGAGGCUGAAGUUACAGAAUGCCAAGGAAGAGAAUAAUAAAAUUGUAGAAGAAAUGGACUUUUUCAAGCAAGAAAUGGAGGAGUGGCGACUCUGUUUAAGUCAAGCUAAACAGCAUUUAGAUCAGUGUUGAAUGACCUGAACAUCAACAUUGCAAUUAACUAUUUUAAAUUUGUAUGAAAAGUGUAUAUGCUUGAAGAAACUGUACAGAAGAUAGAAUGAGGACAAUGAGGCUACUAACCAGACAAGUAAUAAUAAUUUACCUUGUUUAAAAAAAAAAUAAUUCUGAUUUUUGCUCUCAGUAUG